CCAGAGUAGUUCAAUAACCCCAUUGCCUCCUGAGACUGCUGUUCAGUCGAGUCAAGCUCCUCUGGCGGAGAGGGUCUGGUAUAUUGGGUUCGCGCUGCUGUCACUGAACAUCCCACGAUGCUUUACGGAAUGUUUUGUUUCGGCUUAAUGACACUUUUUGUGCUGCUGCCCACGUUAACAACUUUUAAUGUGGACGAAAAAAACGGGAUGUCGUUCAGUGGCAACAUUGAGGACUUGUUUGGCUACACUGUGCAGCAGUUUGAGAACAACGAGGGGAAAUGGGUUCUGAUUGGCUCACCCCUGGAGGGCCAACCAGAGAAGACGACGGGACAGGUCUACAAGUGUCCGGUGCGCGAUGGCAAGGGUUCCGAAUGCUUUAGAACCACCAUAACAGCGGACACGACAAUCCCGGACAUACACGAAGUCAAGGAAAACAUGACUAUGGGAACGACACUGGUCUCCAAUCCCAAUGGUGGAUUUCUGGCUUGCGGCCCACAGUAUGGCUACAUGUGUGGGAACCAGCAGUACAUCUCAGGGAUCUGUGCAAACGUCAGCUCCUCAUUCGAGGUGCUAAACUCCAUCACUCCACCGAUCCAAGGCUGUUCAAAGCCACUGGACAUUGUGAUUUUGCUGGAUGGCUCCAACAGUAUCUUCCCUUGGUCCAGUAUCACUGACUUCGUGGUCAGGUUCCUGCAAAAUAUUGAAAUUGGUCCCACAAUGUCCCAGGUGGGCAUAGUGUCCUAUGGAGACAACGUGGGGCACGAGUUCAACCUGAGCACGUUUGACAACACCAACGACCUGUUGAAACAUGCAAGACUGAUCCCACAGCGGACAGGCCUGAAGACCAUGACAGCACUGGGCAUUGAUACGGCACGGGAAGAGGCCUUCACGGUGGAGAGGGGUGCCCGUCCUGAUGCCAAGAAGGUUAUGGUGAUCGUCACGGAUGGAGAGUCGCAUGACAACUACAGACUGAAAAAGGUCAUUGAAAAUUGCGAGGAAGAGGGCAUUGAGAAAUUCUCCAUCGCUGUCCUUGGUGAUUACAACAGGCAAAACAAAAGCCUUGAACAGGUCAAGACAUUCAUCGAGGAGAUCGAAUCGAUCGCCAGCGAGCCCAAGGGCGACCACUUCUUCAACGUGUCUGAUGAGGUGGCGCUGCUGACCAUUGUGGAUGCCCUCGGCAGCCGCAUCUUCGCUCUGGAGGCUACGUCUGGCAAACACACGUCGUCUUUUGAAAUGGAGAUGUCCCAGGCAGGCUUCAGCGCCCAUGCCUCGAAAGAGGCCUUGAUGCUCGGGGCGGUGGGGGCCUUCGACUGGAACGGUACGGUGGUCAUGCAGCAGGACGGGGUCACCGUGGAGCCCCACAAGGCCACCUUUCACGACCCCCUGCAGGAGAGAUACGAAGGCCUGGCAGGCUACGUGGGUUACGACGUUCAGUCAGCCUCCACACCAGACGGCAUGCUCUACAUCACCGGCGCCCCUCGAUUCAACCACACAGGCCGCGUGACUAUCUACCGCUUUGACGUUAAAACUAAAAACAUCACCAUCACGCAGACCCUGGAGGGAAAGCAGAUUGGCUCCUACUUUGGCAGCGUGCUGCAGACGGUGGACGUGGACAUGGACUCCUACACUGACCUGCUCCUGGUUGGGGCUCCCAUGUAUAUGGGGUCAGAGAGGGAAGAGCAAGGUCAGGUGUAUGUCUUCAAAUUGAAGGAUAGUAAGUUUGAGCAUGUGAUGACCCUGGAGCCCGAGCCGCAGGCCUGCGCCCACAACAAGAGCGGCAUCAAGAAUGAACCGUGCGGCGCUCGCUUCGGCACGGCCAUCGCCGCCAUCCCGGACCUCAACCUGGAUGGCGCGGCCGACGUGGUGAUUGGCUCGCCGCUGGAGAAUGACCACAAAGGGGCGGUGUACAUUUACCAUGGAAACAAGCAGAACACGCUCAAGCAGAAGUAUGUGCAGCGCAUCGCUGCUGGAGGGGAUGGUGACAAAGUGAAAUUUUUUGGCCAGUCCAUCCACGGAAUUAUGGAUUUGAAUAACGAUGGUAUUAUUGACGUCACUAUUGGAGGUCUGGGUGGAGCAUCUCUUUACUGGUCUCGGGACGUCGCCGAGCUCCAUGCCAAUAUGACCUUUGACCCAACCAAGAUCAACCUUCAGCAGCCAUCUUGUGAGGAUCAUGACAAAACUGCUUGCGUGAAGACCAAAAUCUGCUUCUCCUACAAGGUCAAAUCCGACAAGGGCACAAACCCAGUCACCAGUGGUGUUACAGAGGUCCGGUACGGGCUGCACCUGGAUGCUCUGAGAUCCACAUCGCGAGUGCGGUUCAUCGGCACGGACGAGAAGCGGAUGCAGACCAAAGUGGAAAUCACAGACUCCCUCUGCACAGAGCACACCUUCUACACGUUGGAAAAACUGGACUUCCGAGAUUCCAUCAUGGUUUCACUGGACUUUGGCUUAGCUGACCCAGACAACGGCCCGGUCAUGGACGGAAACUUGCCCACAGCCAUCAACAAGUCGAUCCCCCUUGUUGACUGUGGAAACAACGAUGUCUGCAAUGCAGACCUGCAUCUCAAAGCUACACCCAGCAUUAACAGAAUGCUCAUCAAGGCCAACCAGGAGAAAUUCAAUGUCAGUGUGUGGGUGAAGAACACCAAGGACAAUGCCUACAACACUAAAGUGAGCUUGAGCUACUCAGAAAACAUCAACUAUGUCAAAGUGGAGUCUAUCAGUGGCAACAGGGACAUAGUGUGUGAACCCCACAACAACACUGUGGUUUGCGCUGUGGGCUAUCCGUUCCUCAAGGCAAACAAAGAGGAGGAGUUUCGCAUCCAUUUCGAGGUGAAUCCUGCUCAUGUUCGGAAGGACAUUUCCAUCGAUGUGGCAGCCUCAAGUGACAGUAAGGAGGAUAAAUCAACUCUGAAUGACAACCAGGUGAAAAUCAUCAUCCCUGUGAUCUAUGAGGCCGGCAUCAAGUUCACUGCAACUAAGUUUAUGAAAGAAGAACACAUUGUCAUUAAGGAGGGAGAAACGUACCCCAGCAUAAUUAACCACACCAGUGUGAUAGGUGACGAGAUGAAAGUCAGCUUUACGGUUGAAAAGGAGGUGAAUGUGAAGAGCCCCGACCUCAGGCUCACAGUGAUGUAUCCAGAGACAUCGCCCUAUGACAACAGACUCUUCUACCUCACAAGUGUCACCAUGUCUAAGGAUGUGACAUGCCAUUUAGGAGCCCUUGUAAACCCCUUGAAAAUCAGCCCCCAAAAUCCUCACAAACCAAACCCCAAAAAAGAAACCUUGAGCCACUUCCUAGUGAGCUGUGAACAUCUUAAAUGCGCAUCCUUCAGCUGCUUUUUGCCCUCAGCUGACAUGAAUCAGGUGAACAUCAGUCUAAGAGUGUGGAAGCCUACAUUUGUGAGGGCGGAAUAUUCCACCAUGUCCAUGAUGGUCAACGGCACGUUGAAGAACCAGAACACGGAACUCUUUGUUUUGAACGAGAACAGCAUCACCAGAGAAGUCAGAGUGCAGAUAUCUAAAGAGGCGCUGGGUGGAAUUCCUCUGUGGAUCAUCAUCCUCAGCAUCCUCAUUGGACUUCUCCUACUCGCCCUGGUCAUCUUUGCGUUAUGGAAGGCUGGAUUCUUCAAGCGAAAAUCCAUGGAGGAGAUGAAGGAGGAGAUGAGGGACGACUAAGGUGCUUCAGGCUGCACGUGUACAGGAGAUUCUUCCGCCCUUCCAGCCUCAUACGUUGUGCCAAGUAUCUGCUCUGCUCUGGAGGAGACCUCCUGUGGUCAUCAUACACUGUCUGAACAGUCAAUCCCUCAUCAGAGUCUCACCUUCGGAGAGUAACAUUCAGUCAUGCUAUGGACAAUUUUGUGUCCAAUGACUUACAGUAAGAGGGACAGUGCCUUUUAAGGGACCAGCACCAAUUGGCACCUGUUGGAACCCUGAAUCUAACUGAGAUGUCACCUGUAGGUCCCACUGUAUGUUUGUAUAUAAGUCAACGUUCCUGUCACUGUUGGAUACAUUCUCGAUCAGAUUGUAAUUUGUGGAGUACAGUCAAGCAUGUUUGGCCACACAGCUGCAGGGAAGAGGCACAGAGCAGGCUUUCCGGACCUUUCACAAGCUGUUCACAAGCUGUUCACCAAGCAAGUCUGAUGGUGCUUGUUCUUGACCACGUGAAAUCUACACUCGUCUGCGAUGCAAUGUCACACAAGCACACCUUACCAGCCCACCAGCUAAAGUUUAUCAGGCCCCUGGACCCUGGAUCUCUACGGCAGAGGACCAUCAUCCAUCUAAUGGCAUCAGAGAGCACCUCACAGCACUGAUCUUUCCGUAUGACUCGCCCACGCCUACAUCCCUCACGGCCAGACAACCUCCUCUGGGGUCCUGAUCCAGACUGAAGGCCCACGGCGUUCCUAGUUUUUUUUGUCCAUUUUUUUCCUAACUUGAAAACACUGUUUGUUGGUUCUGUGUCAAAUACUGAACAUAGUUUUUCUCAUUUUUUGUAGCUGAGUCUGACUUUUUGUGUGUGUAUUUUUUUUAGUCGUAUUAAUCCGUUCUUUUUUUUGGGUCACAUUCCUUCUGAGCUUUGAAGCUAAUGUUUCGGAAAUGACACUGAUCUGUUUCACAUGCAUCAUAUUCUCAUCUGACUUUGAAAAUUGAUUGUACUGUAAAUGUAAGUAUUUGUAAAAGUUAAAGUGUACAUAUUAUGUGGGUGUUCGUGCAAAGUGCAUAAUUUAAGAAGUUGAUUCUUAAUAACUGAAAGACAGAAUUGGUAAUGACCCAUAACUUGCUACUCAGGUGAUGUAGUUAGUGAUGACCAUAAUGUGUCAUGUAAUCAUGAAUUGAGAACUAGGUCUGCAAAAUAUGUAAAUACUGAAUUCAUUACUUCAUGUGUACUGACAUAUUGACACAGUAAGCCCAUGCUCAUUUCCAUUUGAGAUUUAUUAUUGUUGGUGAAAUUGAUGAAUAUAUUUAUUCUUCAAUUCUUAUGCCUUUAGUUUUUUUUUGUUUUAUCUACUCCCCCAUUAAUUAUCCGUCUCAAUUUUUCUUAAAGAUGAGAAACAUUGCUCAGACAACCAAAUGACAGCCAAGUCUGCUCUUCUACGUGCUUUUAGUUUGCAGACAAUUUAAUCCAAAGUUCCGGUUCAGUUCAGGUAUAUUAGUUCAGGUAUAUUAGAGUAUAUGUUCGGAUUCCUCCAGACUUCAACAUAUGACCUUGGUGUUCAGCUAUAGCAAUAUACUCUCUUUUACAACACUAGGUAUUUUUCAUGAUGGCAUGUAUCGUUUUGUAGUACUUUUUCACAACUGUAAAAGUUUAUCAACAAACAGAGCCAGACCAAUGACUGCACACAAUAUUUACAGUCAUUUGCCCAGACAUGGCAGAACAAUGCCAAUCAGCCACAGUUAUUAUUCCUGUUUUGUCAACACAUUGAGUAUUCUUCACAGAUCCCUAUUCGCUACUCAUUUGUAUUGUAUGUAAUUUCACAUCCAUCAGCAUUCACUUUUCACUGGUUUCUGCACAUUAUGAAGUCUUUAUUUAAUGUCUGCGUGUAAACAAUGACCUCGGGCCUCAUUUGGAAUUGAGUUCCUAAAUGUAAUAACUCACAGCUUUAUUGUAACUUCAAAAGAUUGUAGCCAUUUGUUCACAGUUGGAAUCUAGCCCAGCCUUAACAGUCAUUAAAUAGGCCUAGUCUGUUCAGCCUAACAAUAAGCACUUUGUCCCAAAUGUCUCAUCAGUUGUCUGGUGCUCCUGCCCCUCCAUUUAUCCUGUCAACUACAGACAGCCACAGAAACCAUUGCUGGUCUCUAUAUGAACCCAUAGCAAAGCAUUCGCUAAUGUGUUUGAAAUGGAAUUUUCCAAUGCAUGCCAAUCCCUAUCCUAAAUUUUCAAAGGAAUGCUAUGCAUACCCCAUUUGGCUCAAAAGACUCUGGUAUUUUGUAUUAUGUUCUCACAUUGUAUGUUUUCUACGUUUGAUUAUGUCUGAGCCAAAAAGAAACAUUAACAAUAUUAAAUAAUAGUGAUAGGAUUUUCCACAUGAAGUGAUAUUCUAAUGUGGAGAGAGAAACAUCUUCCUAUAACAGACUUCAGACCUACGCUCAGAGAGAGAAAGGAAAGGUGGUGAGGGGUUGAUAGAUGUACCGGUCUUGGGCACUGCUGUGAAAUUUCUAUGUAAUGCACUGGUUCAGCAUACUGUAUGUGUUUACUCCUCAGCACGGACCUAAGUAAAGAAAAUGUCAUUGCACAUGCUUUCAAGAGAGUUAUGCCAGAGAAAUAAAAAAAUAUUUUUUUUUGUA